AUGAUGUCGGACCCGUCCCUCGGUGGCUCGGACGGCAAUGUGCCUAACAAGCGGAAGCGCGACAGCACUGAUAGCACCGGACCCGAUGCUCAGCGGUUGAACCGUUCUUCCAACGGCAGCAACGGCAGCAUCCCCGGUCCCGAUGCGCAGGCCAACUUCGCUCAUAGCUCGCUUGGCUCCUACGAUCACCAUGGCCUGCCCAACGCUGCCUCGGAACUCAAUAUCGACCAGCAGAUCUUGCAGCACGUCGGCCCCCAGAACGGCAUCUCGGAUGACAACGCUCUGACCGCGAAAGCUGCGCUGGCCGCCCACACUCCUCAAAACAAAUACCCUCCUCCCCCCGACACGCCCUUCGACAACAACCUUACCCACGGGCUGACUUUCGGCGAUGAUAUGGGUCAGGCUAUUGGAUCCACCCACGGCCACAACUCCACCGCCGCCGCCGUGUAUGCCGCGCGCGAAGCCCAGAGCAUGAAUCAGAAACCCUCGGUGGGUUCUCCGGAGUGGCACCAGAUUCGCAAAAACAACCACAAAGAAGUGGAACGAAGACGUCGUGAGGCAAUUAACGAGGGUAUCAAUCAGAUUGCUCGCUUAGUCCCAAAUUGUGACAAGAACAAGGGUGCCAUCUUGCAGCGUGCCAUCGAGUACAUCUGCCAGCUGCACGAUGAGAAGAAGGCCAUGAGCGAGAGAUGGGAACAGAACAACAUGACCACCAGUCAUGCAAUCAAUGAGAUCAGCUCGCAAAAUUCGAAGCUGAAGGUUGAAGUCAACCGCCGUGGCGACAUCGCCACCAAGUGGCUGCAACGCUGCCGCGAUGCCGGCCUGGAUUUCGAUGACUACGAGGAAUCAAAGGAGCUCGAACCCCUUGAGGUAGAUCAGGGCCAAGUCUAA